CAUAACAGCGACGACCGCAUAACCCUGCAUGAAUACAUAUAACACCCAGAUGACUCGGCCUUCAUAAACAUUCUGUCUGUCAAGUUCAAAUCAAAUCCCACUAUAUAUCUCUGCGUCGCCAUGGAAACUCUGACAGAACUUGAUAAGCUUCACUUUGUUUUGAUACCUUUAAUGGCUCCAGGUCAUCUUCUUCCCAUGGGGGACUUGGCUAGGCUGGUGGCUCGACGAAAUGUGAAGGUCACCAUAAUGACCACACCUCUAAAUGCCAUUCGAGUUCGAGCAAACAUCGAUAGAGAGAGAAAAUCUGGCUCAUCGAUCACAUUUCAGCUUUUUCGGUUCCCAAAUGCUGAGGCCGGUUUACCAGAGGGUUGUGAGAGCUUAGACACUCUACCUUCCACUGAUCUUUUAGUCAACUUUACGAAAGCUUUGUGUAUGUUGCAGGAUCCUGUUGAGCAACUCUUCGAAGAGCUUAGUCCCACUCCAACCUGCAUAAUAUUUGACAAGCAUCUUCCAUUUGUAGCUGAUAUUGCCAAGAAGCUCAAAGUUCCCAGAAUCACAUUCGAUGGUACAAACUGUUUCACUCUAUUAUGUAAUCGAAGUCUCUAUAAAUCUAAAGUAUAUGAGAACGUCUCCAAAUCAGAACCAUUCGUUGUCCCCGGAUUACCACAUAGAAUCGUAUUUAAGAAAUCUCAGCUUCCAGAGUUGUUUACAGUUAACAGAGGUCAACAGCUGGGUGAUUUACGUGAGAAAAUAAGGGAAGCAGAAGAAGCAGCAUGUGGGAUGAUAGUGAAUAGCUUUGAAGAGCUGGAAGAUGAAUACGUGAAGGAGUAUAGAAGAGUGACAGGUAGAAAGGUUUGGUGUGUCGGGCCAGUCUCGAUCUCAAACAAGGACGACAUGGAUAAGGCUCAGAGAGGAAACACAGACUCCAACCAAGAAGAAGGACACUGUUUGAAGUGGCUUGAUUCAUGCCCUGCAAGAUCUGUCAUCUAUGUCUGCCUUGGAAGCCUGAACCGUGUAACACCAGAACAAUUGAUGGAGCUUGGUUUGGGACUGGAGGCCACAAAGAGACCAUUCAUUUGGGUUCUGAGAUGUUCAUACAAAACAGAGGAAAUGGAGAAGCUUUUGAAGGAAGAUGGAUUGGAGGAGAGAGUGAAAGCAAGAGGACUGAUAAUAAGAGGUUGGAUGCCCCAAGUUCUGAUACUGUCACACAAAGCAAUAGGAUCAUUCUUAACACACUGUGGAUGGAACUCUACACUUGAAGGGAUAUGCAGUGGAGUGCCAUUAAUAACAUACCCUCAAUUUGCAGAACAGUUUUAUAAUGAGAAGGUUGCAGUGCAGUUGUUGGAGAUAGGUGUGAGGUUGGGAGUUGAGAAUGCUGUUCAUUUUGGGGAAGAAGAAAAGUAUGGGGUUCAAGUGAAGAAGGAGAAAGUGAAGGAGGCAAUAGAGAAAGUGAUGGGUGAAGAAGAUGAAGAAAGUGAGAGGAUAAGAGAAAGAGCGAGGAAUUUUGCGGAGAAAGCAAACAAGGCAAUGCAGAAAGGUGGAUCUUCUUAUCUUAAUUUAUCACUGCUUAUUGAAGACAUAUGUAAACACAACUUGUCACAUAUGUAGGUUGAAGAUCAUGAACCAGAAGCUGAGCCACAAACUUAGACCAAACGCAUGACUUAAUUAAUUAGCUUUGGGGGACGUCUGGAAUUUGUUUGAUUGAUUGGUUCCUAUAUAUAUUUGGUGAAUUUUGUGUGCAUCCUUGAAAUAGGAACGCUUUAAAUUUUCAAGCAACAGUAGCGUUUUAAUUUCAUGGGAGGUCCAUGUUAGAAAUCAGAACCAUUGCUGUUUCAUCAUUUAUGUCUAUAUCAUCUCUUAAUAAAGUCAUUCUAAUGAAUCCA